AUGCAUCUAGGGUUCAACUCACUCUGGGACAACGGGAAGGCCAAUUCCGCUACCUUCAAGACGACUAUAACCUCGUCCCCCUUCGUCGUCGUCGUCGUCGUCGCAUCACUCGCUAAGCCGUUAUCGCCUGAAGCCGAUUCGUCGAUCGAGGUCGAGGAGGCUGCGCCAGGUGGUGGUGGUGGGGCGAUGAGAGCUAAGGGACCUGCUUCACCCAAAGCGAGAGUCUGUUCUCCUACGAGAUGUUCAAGUUUGCAUGGCAAGGGAAUGCUGAGAAGGGUGGACAUGGUCGUGUCGAUCGGGGUGUGGGGUGAGGAACGUCCCAAAGAGGUAGAAAGAGGUCGAGGCGCGCGUGCCUUCGCUCUCUCAAGUCGCGUGAGCGAGCCACUAUAUUAUGUUAACGGUUCAAUGCUUGGUCGCCACCAAGUCGGAUAA